AUGGUGGAGGAGAUCUGUCACAUUUGUGAUGAUCGUGCCACUGGGAAACACUAUGGUGCCAUCAGUUGCGAUGGAUGUAAAGGAUUCUUCCGUCGAAGUAUACGAAAACGACAUAACUAUGUGUGCCGAUUUAACAAAUGCUGUGAUGUCACGAAAAACCAACGUAAUGCAUGCCGAUCGUGCCGUCUGCAGAAAUGCAUUGAGGUUGGAAUGAAAUCGAACGCGAUCCAGAACGAACGUGACACGAUUGGCAAAAGACGGAAACCGGAAGCGGAAACCGAGGAGUUACUCGACGGAUUGUUGAAAUCGGAGAAACUGUGUCAGCAGUUGCGGAGUUCAGUGAUCAAGAGCACCGAGCAGGUGUCUUACGACUGUGGUAAAGUAAAAACCUGGCGGAUUGAAGACGAUCGUCGAGCAACACUGGACGACGUUGGCAAGAGCAUCCAUCAGCAACUUGUGCUACUGGUCGAAUGGGCGAAAUCCCUCCCGCAGUUUACCCACCUCUCCAUGGACGAUCAGGCAGCACUGCUGAAAGCGACCGCAGCACAGAUCAUCAUUCUUGGUGUAGCGUAUAGAUCGCUGUCACUGGAAAACUCAAUUUGUCUCGCCAACGAUACGCUUAUUCCUAAGGAACAUGCUGCGAAUAUCGGUGACAUCAAUGGGGAAAAUCCAAAGGAGACAAGUCAGACGUUCUUCAGUUGUGUGGUCGGACGAAUUAUUGAUGAGCUAGUAUUGCCAAUGCGUCGCUUGGGAGUGGAUUUGUGCGAGUACGUGGCUCUCAAGGCUAUCCUUUUCUUCAAUCCAGUGGCAAGGGAUGUGAGCGACUCGGCCACGGUAGAAAAUGCCCGUAUUGCAUGCCUACGUGCCAUCGAGAGGAGGUGUCAACGUGCGCCAGUGAUUUCCACUUCUGAAUGCCGGACAGGACGAUUGUUGUUGCUGCUUCCAUCUCUUCAGGCGGUAGCGCAACAAAUGGUCGAGGACGUGCAGUUGGCUCGGCUUUUUGGGCUAGCGAAUGUCGAUUCCCUCAUGGAAGAGCUGAUCUUGCACGAUGAACGACCAGAUCGAGACGUCCGGCAAAGUCUUGCAAGUCCAUGUCAGGUGACCGAAGUGAUGAUGUAA